AGGCAGCCUUCGACCAAUCCACCACCCCUCCUUGCUGCACUAGAGGCCGAAAGCGACGCCGCAGUUUCGGUCUCCGCUCCACUCAGCUGCAAAUUCCAUUCUUCUCCGGCACCGGCCAUGCCACCAACAUAAAAUUCGCGAUCUUGGCAGGCGCAUCCAUCGAAGCACCUUUCUGCUCUAGAGCUUCAGAGACAACAGACAACUAACUAGCUUCCUCUUCCAGUUCCCGACUCUCCCGUCAGUCUGCCCGAGAAUCAAUGACUAACCGCAAAUACACUAAAGGCAGAAGGCACGAGCUAGCACACAGUCCUCUGCUGAGGACUGAGGUUGACUCCAGCUACCGCGCUCAGUGACUGUGACUGACCGGCGAUAAAGCAGUAGCAGACUAGCAGUAGACCAGCUGCUCAAUCAGAGGAAAGCUUCCACACCACCAGCCCACCACCAUGCUGAGCACAACGUGGGCAUCGCCGAAGGCGACCCCCAUCCCCUCGUCUCCGGCCUCUCAGACGGCGACCCGGCUCCAUCCCGCCUCCAGCAGCAACCGAACGCUCCGCCUUGUCGCGCUUCCCUCCCCGUCCGCGCCGCGGCGGAGGCGGAGGCCCGGCCUUCCUCCUCCUGCGCGCGCGGGGCUCGUCGCCACCGCGGCAAUGCCGGCGCCGGAGCCCAAGGCGCGGGUCCUGGUGGCCGGCGGCGGCAUCGGCGGCCUGGCCUUCGCGCUCGCCGCCAAGCGCAAGGGGUUCGAGGUGCUGGUGCUGGAGCGGGACAUGAGCGCGGUCCGCGGGGAAGGGAGGUACCGCGGCCCGAUCCAGCUGCAGAGCAACGCGCUCGCCGCGCUCGAGGCCGUCGACGCCGCCGCGGCCGACGAGAUCAUGGACAGCGGCUGCGUCACGGGGGACCGCGUCAACGGCAUCGUCGACGGCGUUUCUGGCUCCUGGUACAUCAAGUUUGAUACGUUUACUCCUGCAGCUGAGCGGGGGCUCCCAGUCACAAGGGUCAUUAGCCGCAUGACACUGCAACAAAUCCUUGCUCGAGCAGUCGGCGAUGAUGCAAUAUUGAAUGGAAGCCAUGUAGUCGAUUUUAUAGAUGAUGGCAGUAAGGUUACUGCCAUAUUGGAGGAUGGUAGAAAAUUUGAAGGUGACCUUUUGGUUGGCGCCGAUGGAAUAUGGUCAAAGGUGAGGAAGACACUAUUCGGGCAUUCGGAUGCCACCUAUUCAGGUUACACUUGCUACACUGGAAUUGCAGAUUUUGUGCCACCUGAUAUCGAUACAGUUGGGUACCGAGUAUUUCUUGGCCACAAACAGUACUUCGUCUCUUCGGAUGUCGGUGCUGGUAAAAUGCAAUGGUACGCUUUUCACAAUGAAGAGGCUGGUGGCACUGACCCUGAAAAUGGCAAAAAGAAAAAAUUGCUUGAGAUAUUCGACGGAUGGUGUGAUAAUGUUAUUGAUUUGAUAAAUGCAACUGAUGAAGAAGCAGUUCUUCGCCGAGAUAUAUACGACCGCCCACCUACUAUGAAUUGGGGGAAAGGUCGUGUCACCUUGCUUGGUGAUUCUGUCCAUGCUAUGCAGCCAAAUCUGGGCCAAGGUGGCUGCAUGGCUAUUGAGGAUGGUUACCAGCUGGCUGUAGAGCUAGAGAAUGCCUGGCAAGAGAGUGUCAAAACUGAAACUCCUAUAGACAUAGUUUCCUCCUUGAGGCGCUACGAGAAAGAGAGAAGGCUGCGUGUUGCUAUUAUACAUGGACUGGCAAGAAUGGCAGCAAUCAUGGCUACCACCUAUAGACCGUACUUGGGUGUUGGUCUAGGGCCUUUAUCGUUUUUGACCAAGUUGCGGAUACCACACCCUGGAAGAGUCGGUGGCAGAUUCUUCAUCAAGUAUGGAAUGCCUACGAUGUUGAGCUGGGUGCUUGGUGGCAACAGCUCAAAACUAGAAGGAAGACUUUUAAGCUGCCGACUUUCUGACAAGGCAAAUGACCAGCUUUAUCAAUGGUUUGAGGAUGAUGACGCACUGGAAGAAGCUAUGGGUGGAGAAUGGUACCUCAUCGCAACAAGUGAAGGAAACUGCAAUAGCUUGCAGCCCAUUCAUUUAAUUAGGGAUGAGCAGAGGUCACUCUUUGUUGGAAGCCGGUCAGAUCCUAAUGAUUCAGCUUCUUCCCUAUCAUUGUCCUCUCCACAGAUAUCAGAAAGACAUGCUACUAUCACAUGCAAGAAUAAAGCUUUCUAUCUGACUGAUCUCGGAAGCGAACAUGGUACCUGGAUUACCGACAAUGAAGGUAGACGUUACCGCGUGCCACCAAACUUCCCAGUUCGUUUCCAUCCCUCCGAUGUCAUUGAGUUUGGUUCCGAUAAGAAGGCUAUGUUCCGGGUGAAGGUGCUGAACACGCUCCCGUAUGAAUCUGCAAGAAGUGGGAAUCGGCAGCAACAGCAAGUCCUUCAGGCAGCAUGAAUGGAGACACUGGCUACCACCACUAUCAUCAGCCACACUGUACUGUACAGCAUCCGGUAAAGACACAACACUGCAUCACGGAAAGGAUACACUCGUUCUCGAAUAUUUGUCGUCUGCUAGUUCAAUUUUAAACUAAAACGUGACAAAUGAAAAAACGAAGGAAGUAGAAGAUAUGUCAAAACACAUGCAAUUUUUGCAUCCAUGAAGAUGCCAAACAGGAUCUUGAAUACUAGCACCUAGCGGAUUGAAAUAAUGAAGUUGCAGUUCUGCGUGAACUGGAUUGUACGAUAGGGAUAGACAAUUUAGCUGUUGUCGGACUGUGUACAUCGUUGUACCAUCACCGGAAAUAUUGUACACCGAGAAGCCAUAUUGUAAUUACGGCAUGAGAACAGUAACACUUUGAUCAUGUAAUACAGUAUAUAGUUGUUUAGCAAUUAGCUGAGUCAGAUAAGAUAUGAUUUGUUCUUCCACAA